CUCCAAUGACCUGCCUAUUAGUGAAGCGGCUUGUCACUUAUGGGAGGAAGGUUCGCCGGAAGGCGGAAGUGGAGGGGAAAUAGCGCAGCAUGGAGAAGCCGGAGGAGGAGAGAGGGAACCUAGCCGGGGUCCAGCACAUCAUCCUGGUAUUGUCGGGGAAAGGGGGCGUGGGAAAGAGCACCAUCUCGACCGAGCUAGCCUUGGCUUUGCGUCAUGCUGGGAAAAAGGUGGGGAUUCUGGACGUGGACCUCUGUGGCCCCAGUAUCCCCCGCAUGCUUAAAGUGCAGGACCGAGAUGUUCACCAGUGUGACAGCGGCUGGGUGCCCGUCUUCGUGGACCAGGACCAAAGCAUCGCCCUCAUGUCCAUCGGCUUCCUUCUGGAAAACCCUGACGAUGCCGUGGUAUGGAGAGGACCGAAGAAAAAUGCUCUGAUAAAACAGUUUGUCACUGACGUGACCUGGGGAGAACUUGACUUCUUGAUCGUGGACACACCCCCUGGGACUUCUGAUGAGCACAUCUCCAGCGUCGAAGCCCUUCGACCUUACAACCCCCUUGGAGCAAUUUUGGUCACAACACCUCAGGCGGUCUCUGUGGGGGACGUGAGGCGAGAGCUGACGUUCUGCAAGAAGACAGGCUUGCGGGUCCUUGGGAUCGUGGAGAACAUGAGCGGCUUCAUCUGCCCACACUGCUCGGAAUGCACAAACGUUUUUUCCAAAGGUGGGGGGCAGGAGCUGGCCAAGCAUGCAGGCGUCCCGUUUCUCGGUUGUGUGCCGCUGGACCCCCAGCUCAGUCAGAGCUUAGAAGGCAGCAGAGACUUCCCACAGGAAUUUCCCCAGAGUUUGGCCUUCCCCGCGCUCUCCCAGAUCGCCCAGCAGAUCUUGGCUGUGGCGUCCACAUGCAGCUCCUGAGGCAGAAGCGACGGCUGGGAUUUGAGUUCACCGGCGCCACCUUGUCCUGGAAGGAUGAGCCGAGGGAGCGGUUCAGAAGAGAGCUCCGCAAACCGGGAGCGCCUCUCGCGAGGGUCAGACUGCACCAGCCCCUUCCGAAGACCGAGUUUCCCCUCUGGACGAGUGCCGCUCAGUGGCAGCAUUAACGCAGUUCCAGCAGUGGGUGGUUUCCUUAAAUGCACAGCCAUCAUUCCACCCACCCGGAGUUUGCAAGUGCACACACAGAGCCAAAGAAAAGUCCAUUCCCUCGCGCUCUGUCCGUCCUCACCCCAGCCAAGCUGCCAGCGGGACUGUGGCAUUCGGUGCUUUCCAUCCCCCUUCCUGGGUGGCUCCCUUGCUCAGGCAGGGCAGCAUGUUCCUAGCGAGGCCCCCGGCCCUUGUGUGGCAGGGGCCUUCGCGAAAGCCUCGCACAAGCGCUGUCUCCUGAGAAAUCCGUUUCUUUACUGCUCUGCGGAAUGGAUCACAACUCACGGGUGAGCCACCACCCAUUAAACACAACGCGCUGUUUCA